GAGGAAGGAGGGCCCGGUGGGGCGCUGCGGGGACGCUCACUGCACCCUGUGGUUGGGCCUUUCCUCCCGGCACCCCGCCCUCCCCGGGGGGCACCCGCCCUCAACCAGUUUGGCAGGGCAGGCCGGGUCUGGAGAUGGGCGGGGAGCCCUGAGCCUCCGCGCCUUCCUGGGCGCCUCCUCCCGCCCCCAGCCGCCCGCCGGACACCCAGGCCUCGCCGAGCCGGGCGCCGGGCGCUCGAGGCCGGGGAGUCGGCGUCCCCGGGGGUGGCCCCCCCCAAGAAGGGUGCGCGGCCCCGGUACGCCCGACGGCCGUCCGGGCGGGGAGCCCUCCCCGGGGCGGGGCCAUGCCGCCUGGCGCCCGCUGAGGCCCCCACCAUGGCCCGCUCGCUGACCUGGUGCUGCUGCCCCUGCUGCCUGACCGAGGAUGAGAAGGCGGCGGCCCGGAUCGACCAGGACAUCAACAGGCUCCUGCUGGAGCAGAAGAAGAGGGACCGCGGGGAGCUGAAGCUGCUGCUUCUGGGCCCCGGCGAGAGCGGGAAGAGCACGUUCAUCAAGCAGAUGCGCAUCAUCCACGGGGCGGGCUACUCGGAGGAGGAGCGGAAGGGCUUCCGGCCCCUCAUCUACCAGAACAUUUUCGUGUCCAUGCAGGCCAUGAUCGAGGCCAUGGACUGGCUGCAGAUUCCGUUCAGCAGGCCCGAGAGCAGGCACCACGCCAGUCUGGUCAUGAGCCAGGACCCCUACAAAGUGACCACUUUCGAGAAGCGCUGCGCCGUGGCCAUGCAGUGGCUGUGGAGGGACGCCGGCAUCCGGGCCUGUUAUGAGCGUCGCCGGGAGUUUCACCUGCUGGACUCGGCCGUGUACUACCUGUCCCACCUGGAGCGCAUCACUGAGGAGGACUACAUCCCCACGGCACAGGACGUGCUCCGGAGCCGCAUGCCCACCACCGGCAUCAAUGAGUACUGCUUCUCCGUGCAGAAGACCAACUUGCGGAUCGUGGACGUCGGGGGCCAGAGGUCGGAACGGAAGAAGUGGAUCCACUGCUUUGAGAACGUGAUCGCCCUCAUCUACCUGGCCUCGCUCAGCGAGUAUGACCAGUGUCUGGAGGAGAACAACCAAGAGAACCGGAUGAAGGAGAGCCUGGCCCUGUUCGGCACUAUCCUGGAACUGCCCUGGUUCAAAAGCACGUCCGUCAUUCUCUUCCUCAACAAAACUGACAUCCUAGAGGAGAAGAUCUCCACCUCCCACUUGGCUACCUACUUCCCCAGUUUCCAGGAGGCUCUGAGGUCGGAUCUGUUCCUGGUGUCUCUUAGUUUCUGGCGUUACCUGCAAUCCUCGGUGUCCCUGGACAUAUGGAUACAUCCCUCCAAUCUGCCUCUGUUGUCACAUGGCCUCUCUCUCUCUCUGUGUCGUUCCUCUUCUUAUAAAGACGCCAGUCAUUGGCUGUAGGGCCCCCCCCAAUCCAGUGUGACCCCAUUUCAAGCUAACCAAUUACAUCUGAAAAGACCUUAUUUCCAAAUGAGGUGACUCGGUCAUAUUCUGAGGUUCUGGGGGGACGUGGAUUUGGGGGAACACUGUUCGCCCCAGUACACAAGCAACGUGGCAGAUGAAGGUCUUAAGCCCGGUGACGUCACCACGGGCGUGACGCUUGGCCUUGUCAGGUCUCGCAGCCCACGAGGCCAAUCUCAGCCAAUCACACCCAGAAGACUUAGGGGCCCGAGAGACAGAUGGCAACUUGUCCCAGCAUGGCGGAUGCCCCUUGUUCCCUUCCCGGCUGGGCGGCCUUGGGAAUGGGAACGUGGUCCGGAGAGUCGGGGGAGGGGGAUAAAGUGGAUAGUUUUGAGGGACUGUUUUCCUUCAUGUCAAAGGAAACGCUCAUGACUCACCUUUUUCUCCCAGCCAAAGGAGUACUCUGCCGACUUCCGGGUCUCAGUCCUUGCCUGUUCUGUACUGAAUAACGUUUGUGAUUAUAACAGCGGCUAAGGUAUCUAACACUGCCCGAGGCGCCCUCACGUAUGGAUUCAUUUGAUCCUCGUUAAAAAGUCCUGUGCAGUGGAGCUCUUCCUCCUCACCGCUCUAGAGGUGGGGAAACCGAGGCACAGAGAGGGGCAACCACUUGCCAAAAGUCACACGGCCCGCGAGUGGCAGAGGCAGGAUUCGAACCCAGGCUGUCUGGAUCCGGAGCCACCAGCCUUAACCACUGGGUCCCCUGCCUGUCUGGAAGGAUCAGAAGAACAUUCUGAUUAUGGAGCACAGAGCCCUCCCCAUGAUUGCAUUGAAUCCUCACAACUCUGGGAGGCUUGGGACUGUUAGGAUCCCCAUUUUACAAAUGGGGAAACUGAGGCUCACAGCGCUAACAUGGACUAACAUAUAAGGCAACCCAACGAGUAAGUAGGAGAACCAGGGCUUGGGUUCUAGAAGCCCUUGCCCACAUUGUGCUUGGGAGAGAGAGAGAGAGAGAGAGAGACUGAGCAUGGCAGGUGCCUCACCAGGGUGGCCACCCCUCCCCUUCUCUUGGCCUUGGUUUACCCCUCUGCACCUCUCAGGAAUGUCUUUCUCUGCAGCUCUAGGCUCCCAUCCCCUUAGCUGCAAGCCCAGCCAAGUGAGAGGGUUUCCUUCUUUAACACAGUUCUGCCUAAAGUCCCAGGGCCAAGUCUUAUUGGUCCAUUCCAGGUCAUGUGACUCACCUGAGUCCAUCCUCGGUGAUCCCAUUGGCUGGACCUGAUAGUCACGUGACCCUCUAGAAAAACCAAAGAUGGCGCCGGCCUGCACCAUGGCGCGUGGUUCCUGGGGCGCCUGCAGCCCCGUUGAUGUGCAUGCGUGGAGCAGGGUCUCCAGAUCCCCUCCUUGACCCAGGAGACUCUCCCUCCUGCCCCACGAGCCCCGUGCCCUGACUGCCCAUCCCCCCUCCCCUC